AUGGUCGAACUGGCAGCGCUGCGUCGAGCUAACAGCCUUAGCUCGGUAUCCUCCUCGGUCUCUAGCGCAGCAUCGCAAGUCAACAAGCCUUUUGUCGUCAGGGCAGAGUUCACGGCCCGCUUUGCCUGCAUCGGACCUUGGGGCAGGUGGCAUGCACUGUCAAGGGAUGGACCCGAGAGUCAAACAAGCCGCACCGCGUGCGGCAUGGAACUUGGCAUCGCAGCACAAGUCUCAGAGUUUCCGCAAGAACCUUUCUGCAGGCGCAAGGCAUGCGUAAACGCUCGACCUUUCUGUCUCUUAAGCAUGGCACUGCCAGUGUCAACAAAAGGCAUUGAAGGACCGGAGGCUUUGGAUGAGCUUCUGGCUUCACUUCAGGUGCCAGAACCGCUCUGCACUGCAUUGAAAGGCACGGGAAUCCAGUCCAUACCCGACUUCGCUUUUGCUUACAACGAGGUGGCGGAGCUCAGCCGCUUCUGCGACGCAUCGGCAUAUGCUCAGCUCUGGCAAGAUCUGGGCAUUGAUGAGCCGGAGCAUAGCCCAGCCAUGGCCCGCCUUCGCAGAGCCUGGCACAGAUGCAAAGCCCUGGCACAGGCAGCCGAAGCACCGGCGUCUUCCUCUGAAGUCAGCACCGCACCGCAGUUGCCGCUUAACAGUUGGGCGGAGCACGCGCCGCCCCGCUUGGACACUGCAACGAUCGCACAGCUGACCAAAGACUUUCAGUCCAACUAUGCAGGUGAACACCUGGAUGGUGACGCAAUGCCCAGCGUGAGACUGCUUAGCAUUCCUGGCAAACGCAAAGAGCCAGGCACCGGCACUGCAACGGAGGUUAAGACCUCCGACCUGGUCAAGGAGCAUGGCGGCCGAGCCGCCAUCAUCGUGAAGUGGGCGGGUGGCCGUUGCCGGGACGGUCCGCUCGCUCCAGCAGCAGCCCCCGGCAGAUUGCCCGCCUCUGGCACCGGCCGCCGGGCCCAGCACCGCACCGCCGACUCCACCCAUCUCAGUGGCCGAACAGCGCGGCCCUGUCCACGAACUGCCCAGCAACGCUGA